CCUGCGUUGCGCCCACAGGCACGCACGCGGUCGGGGCACGCGACCCCCCCGGAUUAGACCGCCGCGACGACGGCGACGCGCUCCCCGCCGACCGCCGCCCCGCCGCCAGCCCUAACCCCCGGGGCCCGAUCCAUGGACGCCGCGCCCGCCGGGGCCCAGCAGCUCACCCCACCGGAGACCGACUGGCCGCCCGAGCUCCGACUCCCGCCGCCCCCGCAGGCGCCGGGGAUGGACGAUUCGCAGUUCCUGGGCUCCAUCAUGGGGGUGCCGCCGCCGGACGCGCCGCCGCGGCAGGAGGCCCCCGCACCGCUCGGGCCCAAGAGGAGGGGGAGGCCGCCCAAGAAGAAGGAAGGCCCUGCCGCGGCGUUGGUCGCCGCGGCGCCCAAGCCCGCCAGGAGGAAGGAGGACGAGGAGGAGGUCGUCUGCUUCAUCUGCUUCGAUGGGGGCAAUCUCGUCGUCUGCGAUCGGAGGGGAUGCCCUAAGGUCUACCAUCCCGCGUGCAUCAAGCGCGACGAGGCCUUCUUCCAGUCCCGGAGCAAGUGGAACUGCGGUUGGCACAUAUGCAGCAGCUGUGAAAAGUCAGUGCACUAUAUGUGCUACACUUGUACAUAUUCCCUCUGCAAAGUUUGCAUCAAGCAAAGUAAAUUCUUCAGUGUCAGGGGGACCAAGGGCUUCUGCGACACUUGUUUUGGGACUAUACUUUUGAUAGAAUCCAAAGAUGAAAGCGCCACAAAGGUUGAUUUUGAUGACAUACUCAGUUGGGAGUACCUGUUUAAGCUAUAUUGGCUAGAUCUGAAAGGGAAGCUUUCAUUAACAUUGGAAGAACUUACUAAUGCCAAGAACAGAUGGAAUGUUCCUACCACUUCUGCUAGGAAAGAAAAAGAUGAGUCAUCUGAUGACUUAUACGAUGUUAAUAAUGACGAUGAUGCUGGUUCUGACUGCUCCUCAAGAAAAAGAAGGCGAGGUAAUUCUGCAAGGAAAAAGGUUCGAAAACGUUGCAAGGUAGAUUCAGAUUGUAGCAUUGCUGCAAAAAAGGUUGAGCUUCCAGUUAAAGAUGCUGGGGGCCUACCCACUGAAGUGCUAAAUGAACGGGCACCCUUGCCUGUAGACACAAAAGUACCAAAUGAACAGAUGCCUUUGCCAGUAGACACGGAAGUACAAAACGAACGGGUGCCCUUGCCAGUAGACAUGGAAAUACAAAACGAAUGGGUGCCCUUGCCAGUAGACACAAAAUGGGCGUCACCAGAGCUGCUGGAGUUUGUAGGACACAUGAGAGGCGGCGAUCGAUCUUUUAUUUCUCAAUUUGAUGUUCAGACCCUUCUGCUGGAAUAUAUUAAGAAGAAUAACCUUCGUGACCCUAAGAGGAAAAGCCAAAUUGUUUGUGACACAAGACUUUACCGCUUGUUCAGGAAAUCACGUGUUGCUCACUUUGAGAUGUUAAAGCUUUUGGAAAUGCAUUUUCUUAUGAAUGAGACUCCAAAAGUAAGUGAUAAUAGCCAAGUAACCAUCAAUCCAAAUUUGGCUCAAGUAGAUAACAAUGGACACAGUGACAUGGCAGUAAAAUUGUCUCCUGAUAAGAGGAGAAGGAUGCAUAGAAAGAUGGACAGAGAACCACAAGUUAAUCUUGAGGCUUAUGCAGCUAUUGAUAUGCAUAAUAUAAAUUUGAUUUACGUGAGGCGCAGCCUGAUGGAGGAUUUAAUUGAUGAUGCCACAUUCUCAGACAAAAUUUAUGGUGCUUUUGUGAGGAUAAAAAUUUCUGGUGUUGGCCAGAAACAAGAUAUAUAUCGCCUAGUAAAAGUUGUUGGAACGCACAAGGUUCCAGAAAAGUACAGCAUUGGGAAGAAGAUGACAAAUUUUGCCCUUGAGAUAUUAAAUUUAGAUAAAAAGGAGAUUAUCACCAUGGAUACAAUAUCUAACCAGGCUUUUACAGAGGAGGAGUGCAAACGUUUAAGGCAGAGCAUGAAGUGUGGUCUAAUUAGCAGACUAAAAGUGGGGUAUAUUCAAGAGAAAGCCAAAAUCUUGCAAUCUGUAAGAGUGAAUGAUUGGUUUGAAAAUGAAAAGGAAAGGCUGGGGCAUCUUCGUGACCGUGCAAGUGAAACAGGGCGCAGAAAAGAACUUAGAGAAUGUGUAGAAAAGCUGCAGCUUCUCAACAAUUCUGAGGAAAGAACUCGCAGGAUAAAUGAAGUUCUGGAAGUGCAUGUUGACUCCCAUAUGGAUCCUAAUUAUGAAUCCGCUGAAGAAAUGGAUGACAAGAAAGCUGUUGGAAGGUCAAUAAAUCGGACAGGACCAGACACAUCCAUACCACGAAGAAAAUCAAUAUAUACAUACACUAUGCAAAACCAUCCACAAAAAGUUUCUGAUUCUGGCCGCCAUCCAAAAAACUUAUCCUGGGAAGCUACAAUACAUGGAUCUGGAGCAGGAAUAAAGUUUGAGAACAGCACCAUAGCAAACAGAGCUAUGUAUGAAGCUGGAUCACUUUCAUCGUCUGGAGUAACAAUGUCAGGUGACACGGAGCCAGAGAAAGUCUGGCACUACAAGGAUCCUGCUGGGAAUGUUCAAGGCCCAUUCACUCUUUUGCAACUAUCAAAGUGGACAAGUUACUUCCCACGUGAUCUGAGAGUUUGGCUUACAUUUGAGAGUGAAGAGAGAUCAUUGCUGCUGACUGAAGUGCUUUCGAAACAGCAGAAAGAUUUCACUCAGGCUGCAUCGCUUACAAGUAGCAAGGCAACAUUGGAUGGCACUAGACAUACAAUGAACAGCCCAAGUGUGGAUCAGACAAAUGCUCUAUCCCCUGUUGGUUAUAGUAUGGCUGGUUCUUCUGGAAUAACCGUUCAGUCUAAUAAGUAUUAUGCUCCAGAAAGAGAGAGUGUGUACUCUCCGGAUGAUAGCUUGUCACUGUCAACUAGUUCGGUUCCACCCAAGGAUGUUCAUACUGCGAAUAGCCAAGCACAGUGCCAGGCAAAGCAUUCAGUUUUUAUUCCAUCUCCUGGGAAUUCAUAUGGGCAAACAGACUUGCACCAUGGUGGAAUACAGGGAGGAUACUCUGGUGAAUCAAACCACCGUCACAGCAGCGGAGCACUAUGGAGUCCAGCCACGGCCCACAUGAGUUGUUGUGGACGUGGUAAUGUGGAAACUCAUCAGAAUCAACAUGUUUCGUGGUCGCAAUGUCAACAUGAUUCCAAAGGUAGUUCACAGUGUGGAUCUGUUAAAGAUCUGAAUUCAAGGCGGGAUCUAUCGAAAAAUCUACCUACUCAACGAAUUGGGAAAGAUGUCUCCAGUCCUGUGUUUGCUUGGAGUCCAUCUGAGUCUAGGACCGCUUCAAGUCAACAUGAAGGCUCUUGCUUAAGUUCAACAACCAAUCCAAACUUUCUUGAUGAACUUCAUUCUUCUAUUGCUUCUGCAAAGCCAACGAGCUGUGCUCCAGCAACUCCUAUUGAAGAUAGAGCUUCCAGUUCGCCAUCCGGCAUGCUGAGUCACUCAGAAAGAGUUCCAAUCUGCAGUCCGGAUUCAGCCCCUUUGGCAUCUGCUUCCGAUAUUUGCAAGAUGGAGGAGAUCAUGAAUCAGCAAAGAACACUUGAAGCGGAUACAUCAAAUGCUUCAGUUAACCAGUCUCCUCAAUCGAAGAUUUUCCAUGUAUCCUCUCCUGAUAACCAAGAUAUUGACCGUGAGGUUCCUAGUCCUACUCCAAGAUCUGAGAAUACAUCACCUGAAAAUGUCACUACUACUAAUUCAACUGAUUCAGAUACACGCAAGGAGAUUGUGAGUCAACAAAAAGUACCUGGGGCGGUUGCAUCAAAUUCUUCAUGUAACCAUUCUCAAUCUAAGGUUUCCCCGGAAUCUUCUAAUAGCAAAGAUCUGGAAUGUGAAUGUCCCAGUUCAUCCCCUAGGUCUGAGAAUAAGGUUCCUGAUGCGGACAACUCACUUUUAACAUCAGCGGCUCCUGAAAAUCUACCAGAAACUUCUGCACCUGCUUCUGGUACAUGCAAAAUGGAGUUCGUGAAUCAGAAAAAAACACUUGACGUGGAUGAUUUGAAUGCUCGACUUCAUCAGCCUCCUCAUUCUCACAUUUCCCCUGCAUCUCCUCAUGGCAAUCAUGAUAUCGGGCGUGAAUGUCCUCCAAGAUCUGACAGUAAGGAACCUCUUCUGGACGACUUAGUGAUAACAUCAGUGGCCACUGAAAAUGUAAUGACAGCUUCUGCAUCUGUUUCUGAUACAUGCAAAAUGGAGGAGUGUGUGAAUCAGCAAAAAAUACAUGAAACAGAUGCAUCGAACGGUCCACUUCAUCAGCCUCCUCAUUCUAACAUUUCCCCAGCAUCUCCUGAUAAUCAAGAUAUUGGGCGUGAAUGUCCUCCAAGAUCUGACAGUAAGGAACCUCUUCUGGAUAACUUAAUGAUAACAUCGACAGCUACUGAACUUGUAAUGACAACUUCUGCAUCUGCUUCUGAUACAUGCAAAAUGGAGGAGUUUGUGAAUCAGCAAAAAACACUUGAAACGGAUGCAUCAAAUGGUCCACUUAAUCAGCCUCCUCAUCCUCACAUUUUCCCUGUGUCUUCUCCUGAUAAACAAGAUAUUGAGUGUGAAUCUCCUCGUCCAACUCCAAUAUCUGACAGUAAAGACCCUAUUGUGAACAAUUCAGUGUUAACAUCAGUAGGGCCAGAAAAUCUACUGACAACUUCUGUGCCUGCUUCCGGUACAUGCAAGGUGGAGGAGAUUUCAAAUAAGGAAAGAACACAUGAGUCGGAUGCAUCAAAUGUUUCACUUAAUCAGCCUCCCCACACUGACACUUUAUGUCCUGAUAACCAAGAAAUGGAGUGUGAAUAUCCUAAACCAACUCCAAGAUCUGAGAGUAAGCAGCCUCUCAUAGUGCCUGAAAAUUUAACUUCUACCUCGGCAUCUGCUUCUGAUAUAUGCAAGAUGGAGGAUCUCUUGAACGAGAAAAGAUCACUUGAAGCAAAUCCAACAAAUGGUUCGGUUACUCAGUCUCCUCAAUCCAAGGUUUUCCUUGUAUCUUCUCCUGUUGUCCUAGAUAUUGAACGUGAAUUUCCUAGUACAGGUCCUAGACCUGAGACUAAGGAACCUGUUGUGAUCAGCUCUGUGUUAACAUCAGCAACACCUGAAAAUUUGACUAAGCAACAUAUGGACUUACCAGAUGCUUUUGUAUCACCCAAGUCUGGUCCACCAACUGGGGGUCCUAGACCUGAGAUUGAGGCUGUUGUGGUCAGCUCUGUGUUAACAUCAGCAGCACCUGAAAAUUUAAUUAAGCAUCAUAUGGACUCACCAGAUGCUUUUGUAUCACCCAAGUCUGAUCCACCAACUGGGGAGUUAGAUGCCAUGAAAUCAGAUUUUAAAUGUGAACAAAAUAUUCAGAAAGAACUAUACUGUGAAAGUGAAUCUACUGUUCUUACAAGAGGGAACAUGUUAAUUGAUCCUUCCUGUGGUGCUGAGUCAAUUGAUGUGUCAGAUGUCUUGGAAUCUUUAAUGGAAGAACAAAGGUGUGGGACUUCGUACAUGCAAGGAACGACUGAUUUGGAGGACUUCCUAGCCACCUCUGCCGAGGAAGAACCACAAUGCUCUAGCCCUAUCCCAUUAUCUCCUUGGGGUGAACCUAGUUACUACCAAGGUGAUGCUAUUGAUUCUGCACUAUGGGGUGUCCAAGAUGAUCCAAUCAACGAUAUGUGGUCAUUGCUUUCUCCAAGACCUAUGCUCCAACCUUCAUCUGGUAUUGGAACUGAGGGGAAGGAAACUUAUGAUAUCAACGAGGUAGGUCUGGCCCAUGGUAAUGAUGAAAUUGUUCAAAGAGGAUCAGUGCCAGUGGACGAUAGUGUGAACCAGGUGAACCUGGGUGCUCCCACACAUUGGGUCCUGCCUGAGCAGGUUCCGUCAAUGCCACAUGAUAUGUCAAUAUCAUCAGUAGAUGAGAGUACCAGAGUUGUAGGUUGGCAGCCAUCAGCCAAUCAGAGCUUAAAUGAGGGUACUACAUGGAGCACUAGCCAGAAUCCCAACAUGCCUAACAAAGAAAAGGCAGAGCCCUCAAGUAAAAGGACUUGGGAAGCAACAAAUAAGCAGGAAUCCACAAAUUCCAGUGUUUCUGGUUCAGGAGAAGCCAUUGGAAACAUCAGAAAGGGCUUGAACCCACCUUCUGGUAUUGCGAAUCGGGGCGGCCAGCGGAGUCAUCAUCGUGGCAGGUACUCUCAAAUCAGUGAGUCUUGGCUUCUUAGUUCAAAUCACUCUAGGAGUAGGUCUGAUAGAUUUGGCAGCAGUGGGUCAUCAAGAUCAACUUCGAAAGGGCAACCUAGGGGUUAAUGUAAAUUUGACGAGAGCGGGAGGAAGGGUGCAUCUUGUAGCUACCUGCAUCCUUGAUCUCUGCAGCAGAAAUAGGUUUUAAAAUUCUUUGUCAUAUCUUUCCCCUUUGUAUAGGCUAAUUACAAUGUAGUCAACGGAGCGUAAAUGACCAUAUCUGCUCCACUCAACUGUAGCAAGGAGUAUAUGUUUAGCAUAGAGGUAUGACCGAAUGUGCUGCCCAACAAGUAGAUUCAGCUUUUGGGCAUGGUCUGUAUCAUCUUGACACUGUUCGAUGGAACAGCCAUUGUACCACCACAAUCUCUUCACGCACUGGUACGCCUGAUGUGUUGGAAACAGUGAUGUCUGAUUGAUUGGUUUAGCUUCUGAUAUUUCUGGUGUUA